AUAGAUUUAAGACCUAUUUGAAAGACAACAGGAACCAAUAGUUCCUCAUGAUUCCUGUGCCAUUUUAUCUUUCCCUGUCCAGCAGAGCUAACUUCAGCUGCAAGACUCUUGCCAACUUGGUGUCACUAAGUGACUGGUGCAAUUUUCAUACAACCAGAAGGUAGAAGAUGAGGCAACCUGAACUAACCUGACCAUCUCAAUCCUUUUCCUGAAGAUUUACCCUUGAUUCUCUCAUUCUCUGAAUUAGCUGAAUUUCUUGACUAUGACUAUGCAACACAGUACUGCAGGCUCAGAGUCAACACAGCAACAGAAACUCCAGAAACAAGAACAGAGAACAAGAAACCAACUCUGGGCAGGCCUGGCUUGAGUUUUUUGCCCUAGAGCCCAGAUCUGUGGGGUGACUGUAGUGCUGUAGGUCUUCCCAGGCCUUUUUGGCUGCCCAGAGUGUUGUUGUUAUAGGCCCCACUGUUGCUGCAGGCCCUGUUGUUGUAGGCCUUGCUGUUCUUGCAGGCCACCUCCUCACUGUUUUCUCUGCUCUCAGGAGUCAUUGCAACUGCUGCUAUUAGAUACACAGCCUCCUCUCUGAAAUAUUAAGCUACCUGUUUGUUCCCAAGGACAGAAACUGGGUGAGGGAUAAGAGGAUUUAUCAGUGAGUUCAAGCAGGAACAAACACACACUGCUGGGGUGUUGCGAAUGUCUGCAGAACAAACAAACAUCUCAAACGUUGAGAAUUCAGCUAAAGCUGUUGAAAUGCCUGGUGACAUUUCUGUAUGUUACAGCAUAGGGAAAACAUGAUGUGUAAUGGCUGAAAAGAAUAAUAAUAAUUAAAAAACAGACAUUGAAAAUGUUGAAAACAUUUUGGAAAACCCAACAAACCUGAAAGUCAUCUGAAACACUGACUGAUUUCUCUCAGGCUGAGCACAGUGUAUUUUGGGCAGCCAGGUCUGAUGAAAUGUAUAAAGUCCAGCUUAUGCUUCUCUGUCUGGUGUCACUCUGACUAACAAACCUGAAAUGUUUCACUCCGAUCCACAGCUACAAAUCAGGUCUGCCAUUUUGUCAAGAUACAGUGCUGAAGCCUGUAUAUCUGCCUGUUCUUGAUGCUCUCAAACGCUACCAGCUUUAAACCUUUUCAUUUCUGAAUGCUUCAAAAGCUCCUUCUGGGACAGCCUAUGAAGUCUUAGGACAGUACUAAUGGAAGGUUCUUUGCAAACCUCCAUUCACGUGUGCCAUGAAAAUGCUCAGUGGAUGUCAAAAUUACCAGAAAAGCUCUGGGAUACUCCCCUCUUUAACUUAUCUCUUCCAGGGAGUCAUGACACUAUGACCUACUGCUUGGAUAAGAACUCAGCUGUUAGCGGCAAUGAAUCCAAGCUGGUGAAGUUUUUAAACAAAUGCAUGCCCUGCAUUGUACGCCCUAUUAUUAUGAAGUGGUCCAUAACACAGGUGCUAACUGUGACGGAGCAACUUGAGGCCGGAGUCAGAUAUUUGGAUUUUAGGAUUGCCCACAAAGCUUGUGAUCCAUCUAUGAAUCUGUACUUUGUGCACAUGGUAUACACAACCGUUAUUGUACAGGAUAUUCUGUGGGAAGUGUUGAAGUGGUUGGAAACUCAUCCUCAGGAAGUUGUUAUCUUGGCCUGCAGGAAUUUUGAUGGAUUAACCAAGAAACUUCACUGUCAUCUUAUUACCUGUAUAAAACAGAUUUUCCAGUGUAAACUGUGUCCCAGAAAUGUGGUUCCGACUCUGCGGACCAUGUGGCAGCGUGGCUACCAGGUUAUAGUCUCAUAUGAAGAAGAUCUGGAAGUGCUGAAGCACUGUGAGCUGUGGCCUGCAAUCCCAUACUGGUGGGGAAACAAAACUACCACUCAUGCUCUCAUCCAGUUUCUAGAACUCAUGAAGCGGAUGGGCCGUCCAGAAACGUUCUUCGUUGCGGGCAUUAACCUUACCGAAAAUUUAGGAUAUAUUCUUGUACACCCAUUUGGAUCAUUGAAGACAAUGACACUCCGGAGUCUUCCAUGCUUGAAAAUCUGGGUGAGGAAGCAGUACCCAGGACCACAGAAAGACUGCAUUAACAUCAUUGCUGGAGACUUCAUAGGAAAUGAUGAUUUUGUCAGAGAUGUGAUAGAACUUAACACAAAAAUUAAUCCUCGGUUAGACUGUCCCAGCAAAGGGUCUGGAACAAAAAGCAUUUCAUCCUCAGCUUCUUAAAAAAUCUUUGAAAAGCUGAAAAGACUUGGCGUGCAUUUAAUAUUUCCUGGUUUAAACAUCCUGAGCUACAUAAAGAUCCAGUUAAGUUAAACCAGGGGUGUUUAAAGCUCAUUAAGAAGCAUGCUGUCAGCAUCAUCAGGCUGUCAAAGUCUUUCCUUAAAAACAGAGAGCAGGAAGAUCUUGCUGGAGUCUUUACAGAACUGUGGGAUAGGCAUCAUUUCCUUGGGAGGUGCUUAGAUCCUGUAGCAGCUGACAAUAUUGGAAGUCUCAAGAACUAUUUAAUCCAUGAGCAAUAAGUAGCAAUAUGUCAGUAGCUGCACAAGUGAUUCUGUGAUUUUAUUUUCUUUCCGCACAUACUUGCGGCCCCAAUUCUCAGUAUUUUAUGAGCGUGAAACUAACUUGCCUGUUUCCAUAGUUUGUUUUGAAUAUACAGUGUGAGCAACUGAAGAAUAUUUUUCAUCUAUCAAAGGUACUGUACUGAUAUUCUUACUUGCCACAGUCCUUACAUCGAUCUGGAGAUGUAGUAUCAGCUGUAUCGUUGUGUGCUGAAUAUCAGUCGUGAACCAUUUCACUACCAGGGUAGUUGCAACAUUCUUACUAUUUUUAAGAGAUGUGAUGUGUAAUGGAGCACUUAGUUCUUGCUGUCAUCCAUGUCAGUUCUGCCACAGCCAGGUCCCUGGACAGUUUUGUCUGCUGCAGUAAAAUGCUUUUGUAUUAGGAGCUGUAAAAAUAUCCCUUACAUUAGAAAUUAGUUUUGUAUGUUUGCUUUCUGUCUGAUCUCAGACUGCUCUAAAAAUACAGAUCAUUGGCUUGUUUCAAUUGGUCAAUUUGAGGUUUCACAACUGAUUUUCCUUUAUUUACAUAUUUUUGUAGUACUAUGGUUAUUUUCCUCUUAAUAAGUAUUCUUUGCUUGCUUAAACACUGUUUUAUGUAAAUUAAUUCUGUUUUUCUAAUUUUUAAACAAACUGUGCAAUAACAGAUGAUAACGACGAUAGAAAGGGCAAAGAUCAGGGCUAAACCAAAACAGGCAUCGUAUAAAGAUACUAUGCAGCUUCACCAAUAUACCUCACUUUUUAUAUGCACUUUACACGUAGCAACUGAGUUCAAGUGUCUGGCAAGAUGCUGUGUUUUCAGUAGGUAGCUUGUCUAACUUUGAAACAGAUUGCUGCGUGGUACCAGCUCAAAGUUACCUUUGACUGCUAGGGGUUGAAAGGUUAAGAUGUUGCCUCCUCAUGCAGUCUCCCACAGUUGCAGUCUAUGUAGGAGUGAAAACCAAACAUUCCACUUAAGAAGACUUUCCGAAUGCUUUUUGUACGGUGCUUUUUUAUCCUUGAUCUCACUUGUGUUUACUUCAUAGAGAGCAGGCAUUCAGUUUGGUUUUUUUGAGUCGCCACUUGCACAAAGUGCAGUUCUAACUCGGAAUGUUCUUCUGCCUAUCUUUUGUACCCUUCAAGUAUCUCGUCACUUUACCUAAUAAAUCUUCACCUGUUUGUGUACUAAA